AUGCACCCACUAAGAAAUCAGGUGUCUCUUCCUACAGCUCAGAUUGAGGAAGGAAAUCUCACCCAAAAAGUGCUUGAAGCAUCUUUAGAUGAGGCAGAAUGGGAUGAAGAUGAUGAAGGAGAAGAUGAUGAUGACUAUUAUGACUGGGAAGAUGAAAGCACAGAUUUUACAAAGAAGUUCAAUGCUGUACGAGCGUGUAACCCUCAGUCUAAACCCGGAAUGAACCCAGCCAGCCACAAAGAGGCCUCUUCAUUUCAGCCCCAUGAAAAGUCAAUGCACCGAUACGCCAGCAAGGUAACAGUUGAUAAAUACUCCGGUCCACGCUCUCUUUCCAACUCAGCCACCAACUCUCUAAUGAAGACUAACAAGAAAGUGGAAUCAGACAGAGUAAGAGUGAAAGAUAAAGCUGAUAGAGCUACAAUGGAGCAGGUUCUCGACCCUAGAACUAGGAUGAUUGUGUUUAAGAUGUUGAGUAGACAUGUUAUUAGUGAAAUCAAUGGAUGUAUCAGUACUGGAAAGGAAGCUAACGUCUACCAUGCUACGACAAAACUAGGAGAACAUAGAGCUAUCAAGAUCUAUAAGACAUCGAUUCUGACGUUCAAAGAUCGAGAUAAGUAUGUGACCGGAGAGUUUCGUUUCCGACACGGCUACUGCAAGAGCAAUCCUCGCAAGAUGGUACGAACGUGGGCAGAGAAAGAGAUGCGCAAUCUCCUCAGGUUACAUAACGCUGGAGUAACUUGCCCUGAACCUCAUGUUCUUAGAAGCCAUGUUCUAGUGAUGGAUUUUAUUGGGACCGAUGGAUGGCCGGCUCCGUUAUUGAAGGACGUGAAUCUAAGUGAAGGGAAAGCGAGGGAGCUCUACUUAGAAUGUAUUCAACAGGUCCGCAAGAUAUACCAACAAGCCAAACUUGUCCAUGCUGAUCUCAGUGAAUUCAACAUGCUGUAUUGUGCAGACAAGCUGUAUAUCAUAGAUGUAUCUCAAUCUGUCGAGCAUGACCAUCCCAGUGCCUUGGAAUUCCUUCGCAAAGAUUGCACCAAUGUCACCGAGUACUUCAAAAGAAAUGGCGUGUGCACAAUGACAAUGAGAGAACUCUUUGAAUUUGUGACUGAUCCUAAUAUCAACGAUGACAACAUAGAGCAAUAUCUAGAUAAGGCCAUGGAGAUUGCAUCAAGCAAGUCCUCUGAAGAGGUCUCGGCACAGGAUGAAGUGAAUGAGGAGGUGUUUCGACAAGCAUUCAUUCCUCAGAAACUUGAGCAGGUCAAUCACUAUAUGAAGGAAAUAAUCAAGGCACAAGAAAACAAGGAACAUGAGAUGUAUUAUAAGACGAUUACAGGACUCAAACAAGACCUGAGUGGUGUACAAGAGGAUCCUGCCUUACUUGAAGAUAGGCUGGCAGAUGAGAAAGUAGAAACAGAGGAGGAGGAGGAUAUGGAGGAAGGAGAAGAGGAGGAGGAAAGCGGAGAAGAGAUGGAAGAGGAAAAGAAUGCAGAACGCCAACAUCACAGACCGAGAGAUGAAUCACCAACAUCAAAGAGAGAGAGGAAGAAGGCAAUCAAGGAAGAGAAGAGAGAGAACAGGAAAAACAAGAUCCCUAAGCAUGUGAAGAAGAGAAAGGAGAAGAUAGCCAAGGUUCACAGAGGCACCAAGAAAUGACGACCCUUCAAGACCAUUCUAUCGUAAAAACAUGAACCCUUUUAAUAUCAUUGACACUUCAUAUUUUCAUCAGAUGUUUGGAU